UCUCCACUAGACGUCCUCAUCAAGACGAAACCCAAGUUACAGAGCUCCACUACCCGAGACGCCCAAACAGUCAAUGACCUUCAUCACGUCGCGUCCCUUGCCCAAGCGUUCUCGGAACUGCGGCCCAAGGGCAACACAGACUGUACGAGCCUGGCGGAUGCACUGGAUCAAGAAGGUGUCAGUCUUUGGAAUAUGUCUGGGAUGUUCCGGCAGGGCUGGUCUUCUGAGAGCGAGACGGUCGUCGCCGCAUUGAGGUUUGCGGGCUUCCGCCUCAUGGAGGCAGGGCUGGAGACGGCACCCGGCACUGAAGGUUUGUCCAAUGACGCUGCCUUCGCGCUUCUGCACGCGGAUAACCGGUUCUUAGGGCUUGCUCACAUUCUGCAGAUAGCGAGUAAGACAGGGGCAACGCUCUCAGGUGGGGCCCACCGCACGUGCUUCUUUCCGUGA